UUGCCGACCCACGGCGGCGACGACGGCGCGAGCGACGAAACCUAAACCUCCGAACCCCUCUCCGCCGCCGCCGCAGCUGCCAUGUCGCAGAAGAAAUCGCGCGGCGGGGGCGGGGGAGCCGCCGCCGGCGAAGACCCCGAGGACCUCUCCCGCUCGCCCCUCCAGGCCGUCCUCCUCGCCGACAGCUUCACGCUCAAGUUCCGCCCCAUCACGCUCGAGCGCCCCAAGGUGCUGCUGCCGCUGGUGAAUGUGCCGAUGAUCGAGUACACGUUGUCGUGGCUAGAGUCAGCGGGGGUGGAGGAGGUCUUCGUCUUCUGCUGCGCGCACGCCCAGCAGGUCAAGGAGCACCUAGCGAAGGCGGGGUGGACGGGGAAGGCCGCUGCCAGGGAGAUGACCGUCACAGCUGUGGAGUCGCAUGACGCGAUCAGCGCAGGUGACGCGCUGCGCGUCAUGUACGGCCGUGGAGUUAUUCAUGGAGAUUUUGUUCUAAUCAGCGGUGAUACCAUCAGCAACAUGAAUUUGCAAGAUGCUCUCCAGGAACAUAAAGACAGAAGGAAAAAAGACCCACUUGCUGUCAUGACUAUGAUUAUAAAGCAUUCAAAACCUUCAAUCCUGACGCACCAAACACGGCUAGGUAAUGACGAAAUUGUUAUGGCGAUAGAUCCUGAGACUAAAGAGCUACUUUAUUACGAGGACAGGGCAGAUGGCUCAAGUCUGUAUGUGACAAUUGAUAAGCACAUUCUGGCCAGUAAUCCUACUCUCCAGUUGUGUAAUAAUAUGGAGGACUGCUAUAUUGAUAUAUGCUCACCAGAAGUUCUUAGUCUUUUUACGGAUAACUUUGAUUAUCAGCAUCUUCGGCGCCAUUUUGUCAAGGGUUUACUAGUUGAUGAUAUUAUGGGUUAUAAAAUAUAUACCCAUGAAAUACGAUCAAGUUAUGCGGCCAGAAUAGAUAAUUUUAGGAGUUAUGAUACAGUGAGUAAGGAUAUAAUUCAAAGGUGGACUUACCCUAUGGUACCUGACGUCCUGUCUUUUGGUGAUCGUCAAGAAAUCAAACUUCAUCGGCAGGGAAUCUAUAAGGCAUCAGAUGUAACACUGUCACAUUCUGCACAAAUUGGUGCCAAUUCUGUUAUUGGCAAUGCAACAAGCAUUGGAGAGAACUGCAAGGUGUCCAAUUCAGUUAUAGGAGAGGGUUGCAAUAUUGGAAAAAAUGUUUUGAUUCAUGGGUCCUAUAUAUGGGACAAUGUCAUAAUUGAAGAUGGAUGCAAAGUGAGUAACUCACUAAUCUGUGAUGGCGUUCAUUUAAGGGCAGGGGCUACUGUUGAACCUGGCUGCAUACUGUCAUUUAAGGUUGAAGUUGGAAAGAACGUUGUUGUUCCUGCCUAUUCGAAAGUGUCACUACUCCCUCAACCUUCAAAUGAAGAUAGUGAUGAGGAGCUUGAGUAUGCCGACACCAAUUCCGGAGUUACAGAUAGUCCACCCUUUUCCAGCAUGAGGAGCGCUGACCACCCUACUGUAUCUGAUGAUGAUGACUUGGAGGCAUCAGAGACUGGAACCUGUGGUGUCGCUGGUUACAUAUGGGCAAAUGUUGAUACUGGAGUUCAGGAAGAAUGGAGACAAUCAAUUGGUCCAAUUCCUAAAGAUAAACUCAAAGAAUUGCAGCAUGCUGCUUCCUUUGAUGAUGAUGACGAUGGAUCAGAAGAUGACUUGAACAACCGUCCAACUGUACUGGACCAAGAUGAUGAUUCUGAUGUUAGCGUGGCUGAGGAUGAUGAUUAUUCUAAGUUUGAGAAAGAGGUGGAAGAGACUUUCCAACGUGCACUGGAUGGGAUCCAUCAAGAUAACUUGAUACUAGAAAUUAAUGCACUCAGGUUAUCUUAUAGCCUUCAACAUGCGGACUGUGCUGGAGCUUUGUUCCAUUCUGUUAUGAGGAGUGCAUUAGUGGCUGCACAAUCUACUAACGGCAGCCUUCUAAAGACAACUGCAGAAGCUCUUGGCAAGUGGAAGGACCUACUGCGAAAUUACACUAAGUCAGUUGAUGAGGAGAUGGAAAUACUAUUGAAGUUUGAGGAAAUGUGCCAAGAAAAUGCAAAAGAAUUUUCUCCUCUAUUUUCAAAGAUCUUGCCUUACCUCUAUGAUAAAGAGGUAGUAAGUGAAGAUGCAAUUUUGAGAUGGGCAGAGGAGAAAGAAAAUGCUGAUGAAUCUGAUAAGGUUUUCGUCAAACAAUCUGAAGCUUUCAUUCAGUGGCUUAAGGAAGCGGAAGAGGAAGAUGAAGAAGAGGAAUAAGACCUGGAGCUUGUGCUUGCAUUCCUUCGAUUGCUUGGAGAAAUGCAGCGUUUGUCCAGUUUGGGUGGUCUGCCGGUGAGUUUGCAAGCGGCAAGUUUUGAAACCUCUAAAUUGUUUGUACAUUAAUUAAUCACAUUUUUGUUCCUAACCAAUCUGGGGAAAGAAAGGAGCAACAUUGCCCACGAGCCAUGGGUUAAAACGACUGUAGAGUGUAGAUAAGUUAAACCCGCUUCCAUGUUUGCUUCGUUGAUGCUUCCAUGAAGCUUUUCC